CGGCGCGCGCAUGCGCAGCGAGCCGCCGCAGAAGCAGCCCUGCCCGGCGCCACCCGCAGCCGCCAUGGCCGUGGUCAGGCUCUCCCUGCUCAGGGUCACCCUCGAGGUCACAGUCAUACUGCUAGAGGGUCUGGCCGUGCUGUUCAUCUUCCUGUUCGGGAAGCCGUUCCGGCGCGGCUUCUUCUGCGACGACGAGUCCAUCCGACACCCCGUCAAGGCGGACACCGUGCCCUCGCUGGCCCUCGCACUCGUCGCUCUGGGCCUCCCGCUGCUCGUGGUGGUGGUCACGGAGCGCGUGGUGUGGGGCGCGCGGCCCCGCAGCGGCGGCGGUGGGCGGCGGGCGGCGGUCCCCCGGUGGGUGUCGCGAGCCUCCGCGGCCGCGCUGGCCUUCCUGUGGGGCGCCGGCGCGCAGCAGCUGCUGGUCGACUCGGCCAAGCUGGUGGUCGGCCGCCUGCGGCCACACUUCUUCACCGCCUGCCAGCCCGACGUCAACUGCUCUGCGCUGCAGCCGCCCUACACCUACGUCACCGACUACACCUGUCUCGGGACCGACCCGGAUGUCAUCGACGAGGCCAGGCUUUCCUUCCCGUCUGGCCAUUCUUCCCUGUCGUUCUACGCCGCAGUUUUUACAAUUAUCUACAUCGGGCGCACGGGCGGCCCGUGGGCUGCGACGCUGCCGCGCCACCUGCUGCAGUUCGUGCUCUUCCUGGCGGCCUGGUGCUGCGCCCUCUCCAGGGUCUCCGACUACAUGCACCACUGGAGCGACGUCCUCGCCGGAUCCUCCAUAGGCACCGCCACCGCCAUCCUCACGAUGGUGUUCGUGCAGCCGCAGCGGCGACGCGCUUCCGGAGGCCCGGCUGCGGGGGCGGCGGAGGCGUUGUCGGAGGGCAACGUGUACGGCAGCGUCGACGGCAGCGUGCCGCCCGCGUGACGUCACAGCACGCAGCCUGCCGUCGGGGGCGGCGGGGGCGGCGCCCGCAGCCCGCGGCCUGCUGCCUCGCAGGCGUCUCCAGACACCUGACCGACUGCUGCAGGGAGCCGCGGAGGAGCCGAUGCGUUGCCGUCAGAUGGCACCCCUCCUCCCAGCCGUCGGACUUUCCAUGUCCUUAAGAAACUCCCAACCUCACGUGUGGCUGCGUCGCAAUGUAAUGCCUAAACGUUCGGGCCGAACAGUAGUACAGUGCGUCUGACGAAUCCUUUCUCUGAGCAGUGAGGGUGCUGGUUUAUGUUGGCACAAAAAUAGUGCGACGGUAAAGGUAGGGCGCUCUGCAGGUACAGAGCAGUCAACGAAAGUGUGUGCUGGACGAGCUGCGUUAUAAUACUGCUAACAACGAGUGAGCUUCGUCGCCCAGGUAAAGCUCAUUUGCUGGGCCCACAGAUGAACAGGCUCGAAUAAGCAGAAUAUUCGCUCAAACAACUCUUUUCUUUACGCGCUUCUUAGGCUACGGCUGAUUUCAAAGCAUACCAUUUGACUUUGUGAUUAUAUGUUUACCGUAACCAAAGGAACAUGUCGAACGCUCAGAACAACUCAGCAGGAGACACAAUUCUAUUGCGUACCUCCACAACACAUCUGUUUUCAUUAGAUAUGCAACGUGAAUCUGCUCUGUCUUCAUAAUAUUCAAUUUUCCGGGGCACAGAUUGCAAUAAACAUUUACACACAAACUGACAUGGGUUUGUAGCACUUGCAAAAUGUAAACUUUCAUAGUCAAAAUGCUUCGCAGAGAAGGAAUGCAGACAGCCUCAGAAUAUUGAAACUGUAGUGAGUGGAGAAAAAGGUACACAGGCAAAUGGACUUUUCAAACUGGUGACCUCAUACCCAUUUUGGUUGAAUAUGAACAACUGAAGUGCUCAACGUAACUUACUACCCGUGUUAGGAAAUGAACCUCCUUUGUUCCUGGCACACAUGUCACUGGUUCGAGUUCUAAUAUGCACUUGCUGAAAUAUCAAUGUAUUCAGGAUGCGGCUGAAACUACUUGUACAUUUUUCGACGGAUGAUGUAGAGUAUGAUAACCAUCUUUCUUCGAUAAGAAAAUGAGAGAGGGAAACUGAUGGCUUGCUCUCCACCCCUUCCUCCCCCCAUCCAUCGACCGUCACCAUUCUAGCUGAAUGUGACUCUUUUGAGGCCAAAGAGUUAGCGUUAACAUAACAUUCCCUGUUUAUACAUGACUAUUUCUAAAUCUGUUGAAAUGAAUGCUACGAGAUUUUGCACUGUCGUGACAGGUCAGGAACAGAAGAAUUUUUUUCCAUGUCUCCACAUAAAUUAGUCCACCGAUUUACAGAUCUUGGCAGCCAACCGACAGAUACUCCUCCUUCGACCCAUCUCGCACAAUAUUAUGCCCCCAGUUGCAUUACGGUGAUCUUAUGUGUGCUGGAGCCCGAUCGUUGGAGGUGACCACCUUCCAGUCCUCCACACUUUGAUAUCUAUAAGAUGAAAGUAACAUUCAAGAGAGAAGUAACGAUGUAUUUUCUACCCAUACUUUCUUAUCUAAAGUUGACUGUCCUAAAGGAUGAACACUUCGGCCAUCAUUGCCAUUGCGCUACAUCAAAAUGUGUUUUGUAGUUCUGUCGCAAACUGUAUACUGAAAUAUUUUCAGUCACUAGCACCUAUGUCUUACUGAGCAACAAUUUCUCCCAUUACCGCCGCUAAUGAAGACUCUUCAGGUGCCACGUACACAAAGAAUUUCUCGAAAUCACAUAAAUGUCGACGUUUCUAGUGGGCAGGUUAGUGUAGAGGGAACUCCAGUCCCUUAGCCGUGUAUUAAUGUGUUGGUAGUGAUGGGACGUUUAUUGUGAACGUUGACAAAUAUUCGUAAAAAGACUGAAUUAAACGUAAAACCAGAAAAGGUAUCAUAUAAAGACUUUUAAGUGUACUUAAGGUACCAUCUGUAUUCUGCACGCCAAAGAAGAAGAAUAUCAGCGUUAUCUUUCUGUAAAAAGUUUUUACACAAACGAUGUCUAUCUAUCUUCAAUUCUUUCUUAAAUUACAACUGAAAAAUACAGACUGGGUAUAAUAAAAUGAAUAACUAUCGAAAUAUUAAACUAACGUCGAUAAUUUCGGAAACUGGUCUAUUAUUUUACAAUUCUCAUACUAUAAAUCUCUUUAGCAUAUUGAUUUAUUAGAGCAUUUAUUUUUGCACUCGCCUUGGAAUACAGAAGCAAGUUCCACAAUAUUUGUAGAGUAAGAGGAAUUGAGAGUUUUUCUGUUACCCAUUACGUCUCCAUAACUAUUAGACGUAUGAAGGAAUCGUUAAUAUAGUUUCAAUAUUUCGAUGUAACGGUAAAACUAUGCUGUAACUAACUUAUUCAAACAUUUUUUCCCUGUUCGUUCUGUAGAAUUAAAUACAGCACUGGUACCUUCUGUCGUCUUCCCUUCCUUUCAUAUCCGUCUGCUAAUUUUAAGCGAUCAUACAUGUAUAGGAUUAUUGCUACGUGGCAAUAUAAAGAAUUUUAAAAUCUUUCACGAAAGCAGUGGAAAAGAAGGUUGCGCUCUACUGUUAUCCCGAGGUAAGUCAGGAUGCAAUUUAUGAUGACGUGAAAGAACUGUGUAGAUUCAUCUAAUUGUGACCACCAACUUGCACUCCCACGUGCAAAGCAGUAACUCGUAUAAGAGACAGUCCCAGAAAAGCAUCAACUUACAAGCAUAGAAUAAAAAUCUUCUUCACUCUUAAUGAAUAAAUUUCCACGCUAUAGUCUUCCAUUUCUACCUUGUCCUUCCAGAAACUGCUAGUUCCCAAAGUUUCAGUCUUAAAGACUUGCAAUAGACUAUUGAGCCACACGAAAUUAAUUUUAGCCUCUGUCUGUACCAUUUCUUAUUCGCGCUAGAAGAAAUCGUUUAUACUUCAAGAAAAAACUGCUUAACAGCUGCUGCAAAAUCUGCAUAGUUUCCGUGCCUUCAUGGAAGCUAACAGCCUCGUCACAGGAAACUUAAAUAUUCUUUGUCAAUAAGCAUCACUACCUACAUUUAAGUAUAACAUAUUAGGAAUUUAGAAACAUCUUCAACCAUAUCUGUUUCUUUAGUCGUGAUAUAUUUUGCCUCGAAAGUAAAAAUGCGUCACCUUACGGUCUGUAAAUGGCAACGUGAUAUGUUGGUCUUCCACUAACCGGUAACAGCAAUUAUUUCCAGUUCUACUGUCGAAAUACAUUUCGCCUGUGCUUAUCACAGAAUAAUACAUUAAAGUAUGUAUACUACGUCACACAUUUUUCAGUCUUUUUUUUUAGAAAACACUGCUUCCAAAAAAUCCUUAAGCACAGAACAGUAGAACAGGUUUUGCAAGCAAGUUAUUUAUCAUUACGAUUAAAAGUAAAAAAAAAUGAAACAUGUAACUCAGUCUCUCACGAAUGUAACCAGACAACACUAAAAUUUGACAUUUUAAUACUGCUAGAGUAUCCAGAAAAUUCGUUAGUAUCAGCAUCCAGAACGACUAACGUUUACUUAAUUAUUAAAUAGGUAACGAGAAACAAUACAAUUGUAUCAAUUCUCUGUCUUAAACUUCAACAGACGAAGUACUCAACCUAUUUUAACGUAAUUUGGAAGUGUUCUUAGUAUCUCGUUCGAAGAAGUCACUAUUCUGAUUGUGUUUUUACCGUACUUUGGAGCAAAAAAUAAUUUCACAAUUGAUGUACGUCAUAAAUUAAAUAUAAACAAAUACACAAGAGCCUUCACCGAUAAUCUUACUGAUUAGUGUCACAAAUUCGUGUUAACUAGCAGCAAUGUACAACACGUAAUCCAUUUACAAUGUAGAAUUAAAAGCUGAAGACAUUUCUGCGGAAUUGUUGAAUUCACUGACUUAGAUCUCAGUGUCACUAAGACAGGAAACGGGAAAUAGGUAAGAUUUUCGUGCUUAAGUAUAGGUAUUAUUCCGUAUUCAGCAUCGGUUCAAGAAUUUUUUGUUGUAAUCGAUGUAAAUAUAACAUUAUUAGUAAAAGUCCUUGUAUGUGUUGUUAUUAUCUGGAAGCCGGCAGACACAGAACCAUAAAAUGAACAGAGCAACGUCAUUCUGUCAUAAAACAUGCACUGUCCUUCAACAAGUCCAAAGAGCGUUGUCAACAUAGCUAUGACUAGCAAGAGUCUCGCAGAAACGAAAUUUUCCAGUGAAAAAUCUGAUUAUAGAAUUAGUCGUCUGGAAAAGGCACGUUUGUAAUGUUGCAUAAGUGACUCUAGUUACAGCAGUUGGAGAAGUGAUGCGUCCCAUAGUAUGUAACAAUGUAUAUCUCUUGCGCAGUUAAUAAAUAUUACCUUUUCUGUGUACCGUUAUCAUUUCAGUUGCAAUCGGCUGACUAGUGAAAGUUUCAAUUAGUAGCUGUUUGUGCGCUUGUAAUGUGAUACGAGACUUCAUUUCAUCUCUUUUUUGUAAAUUAUAUUGCAAGGAGCCAUGCACUGUCAAUUUCAAUUAUUGUUAUGUAAUAAUGAUAUAAGAGGGUUGAGUUUCUUUCUUAACUGCUAAAACAAAUUAGAUAAUUUAUAAGUACAUGAAUGUAACUCUCUGUCACAGGGCUGUAGUUUUGGGCUGAAAGCAUUAUGAUGUACAUACAGAUUGUUUGAUAGUGUCAGUGAGCAAAAUUAAGAUGAGUUAUAAAUAAAAAAAAUGGUUCCCUUUU